AUGGCGGCGUCAGGAACCGCAGCCCCCAGUUGCCUUGUCCAGUAUGUUGUGGUCCGGUCAGAUUUGGUCCAUACGUUGUCCUGGCCAUUGGGAGCUGUUAUAUCGCAAGCCUGCCAUGCUGCCACCGCCGCCAUUCAUCUUAACUACAACGAUCCAGACACGCAGGAGUACUUGGCAGAACUGGAUAGCAUGCACAAAGUGGUGCUUCAGGUAGCUGGGACUGUGUUACUGUAUUAGUUAGCAAGUUUAUCAACAUUAUACUUCUAAUAGUGAACUAAAUCGACAUGCCAAUCUUUUCCGUAGUGCGCAAAACAAGUUUCCUAUUGACUGCACAUGCGCACAGUUGGCUCAUAUCAAACUGCAUAAAAGUAGCCUCUCAAUACAAAAUAUUUUGUACGUUUCUUUAUGUAAUGUAAAUAUAGUAGGAUGGAAGUUAUGCAGUGGUAUGAGAUGUAGAGAAAACUAAUGCUUGUGAUGGGAUUCUCCCUCUUCAUCCGUGUUUGUCAGGCUCCGGACCAGGCCUCCCUGUCCAGCCUGUCUGAGACGCUGACAGAGAAGGGGGUUGCUCACAAGCUGUGGAUCGAACAGCCAGAGAACUUCCCCACCUGCCUGGCACUGAAGCCUUACCCUAAAGACACUGUACAUCCUCUGCUGCGCAAGUUUAAACUGUUCAAAUGA